AGGUAAUAAUUUUUAUGGCAAAAUUUUAGUUUAUGGUGAGCUCAUCAAUAAGGAUUUAUUUAGGAGCACUUUCUAUUUUUUUAAAUUUAUUUGUAUGCAUUAUCUAUUCUUCUCAGCCGAUAAAGUGAUUAUAUUCACGUUUCUUACCAUUAGAUAGUAGUUCUUACAGUCGUAUAAUAAACUGGCAAUACUAGGGUUAAAUAAUUGUGGUGUAGUCUUUCUUAUCUUUAUCUACACAUAGUUAUAAAUAUAACAUUUUAAGAUAUGGAAAUGUCUAAGUGAACUGAAAAAAUUACGAUUUAUACAGCAUAUCAUAGACUUUAUUAAAUACAACCACCUUGAAAGUAUUAAAAAUGAUAUAUUGAUCGAGUAGUACAAUAAGCACGGUAUUUUAUUCUUAUCUUAUCACAGCAGUGUGUCUCGUAGGUCUUAUGGUUCGAAACAUUGAUACAGACAUAUGGCUGAUGGCUUUUAUUCUAAUUUACAUGUUAUUGUUAUUAAUUUUAUAUUUUUGCAUGUGAGCUAGAUUUAAAGAAAUAUCAUCUAUAUGGUAAACGGAUGAAAAUUUAGUUGAUAACGUUUAAAAAUCACGUAAAAUUAGUAUAGUAAAAUGUUUUUUUACUUUUAUCCAAAGCAAUGAAUUUAAGAUAUGCCUCUAAAACAAUAUGAUGUGUCUUGUAUUUUGAUUGACAAUUAGUUUUUCCGUUUCUCUCUUUGAAGCGAUAAAGUUGUUUUUUAUUGUUAACAAAUUUUGUUAAAUCAACCAGUACCUAUUAAAAGAAGAAUGAUGCAAAACGGAAUGGAUUCAUUACCACAUAAUGGUUCUAUACAUACUUCUAGUACAAAUUCCCAUGGCUCAUCUCAAGGAAAUUCUUUAAAUGAAGAAAGUAAAACAAAUCUUAUUGUAAAUUACUUACCUCAAACAAUGACUCAAGAAGAAAUACGAUCUUUAUUUUCUUCUAUUGGGGAAGUAGAAAGCUGUAAGCUAAUUAGAGAUAAAGUAACAGGAACUCUUCCAUCAGGUCAAAGUUUAGGUUAUGGUUUUGUAAACUAUCAUAGACCUGAAGAUGCAGAAAAAGCAAUCAAUACUCUUAAUGGAUUAAGAUUACAAAAUAAAACAAUUAAAGUAUCAUUUGCUAGACCUAGUAGUGAAGCUAUUAAAGGAGCUAAUUUAUAUGUCAGUGGUCUUCCAAAACAUAUGACACAACAAGACCUUGAAAAUUUAUUUAGUCCUUAUGGUCGAAUAAUAACAUCUAGAAUUUUAUGUGAUAAUAUGACUGAUAUGUUCGCAGUGCGGCAAUUUGUUGGUAAUGCUGGAGGAGACCAUUCACCAACCAUUUCUAAAGGAGUUGGUUUCAUACGAUUUGAUCAAAGAAUUGAAGCUGAACGUGCAAUUCAAGAAUUAAACGGAACUGUUCCUAAAGGUUCUACAGAAUCAAUUACAGUGAAAUUUGCCAACAAUCCUAGCAGUAAUAAAGCAGUACCUGCAUUAGCAGCUUACCUAACACCUCAAGGUGCACGAAGGUUUGCUGGCCCUAUUCAUCACCCAACUGGGCGCUUCAGGUAUAUUCCACUCUCCCCUUUAUCCAGCACUGGGAAGACCAUGCUAGCUAUAAACAAAGGGUUACAGAGAUAUUCACCCUUGGCUGGUGACCUGCUGGCAAAUUCUAUGUUACCUGGUAAUUCAAUGAAUGGCAGUGGCUGGUGUAUAUUCGUGUAUAACCUAGCACCAGAAACCGAAGAGAAUGUACUAUGGCAAUUGUUUGGGCCUUUUGGCGCUGUACAGAGCGUCAAAGUCAUUAGAGAUCUACAAACAAAUAAGUGUAAGGGUUUUGGUUUUGUAACUAUGACGAAUUACGAUGAAGCAGUGGUUGCCAUUCAGUCUCUGAACGGGUAUACGUUAGGGAACCGUGUACUUCAAGUAUCGUUCAAGACUAAUAAAGGCAAAGGAGAUGCAUCCAGUUUGUUAAUGUCUCUUGCUGAUUCAUUAACUGACUGUUAAUAAUUUCAUCAAUCUUCUUCGAAUAUUUUCGAAUGUUAACAUAAUCCUCCCUUCUAAAAACAUCUUUAACUGACUUGCGAAUUCACUUUAUCAUGACUAUUGAAGAAGGUAAAUUAUGAUUAUUUAUGUUAAUUAUAUUUUUAAUUAGAUACAUCUAAAAAAAUCGCGUGCGUCAUUUGAAUAUGGUUAACAAAUAAUAAUUACUCUCUAAAUCGUCAUGUAUAUAAAUAUAUAUAUUUAUAUUCUAUAUACAUUUAAUAAUAUUAAAUUUUAUUUAUAAUUUUUCAUUAAACAAAAUAAUCAUAAAUGUUAAUAAUUUCUUAAAAAAUACAAAAAAAUAACAUUUUGUUAAUGUUUGUGCAAUAUAAUUAUUGUUGGUACCUAUAAUAUUAAUAUCUUUAACAACAUCUUUUUACUGUUUUUUUUAAUUGAUUAAAAUAAUAUUCUUUUUUUUCAUUUAUAAUUUAUUUGGAUCAGAUAAAAUUAAUAUUUGCGCAAGCAUAUUGACUGAUAGUAUUCUGUUCAAUUUAACGUUGCUAGUCUAAGAUAUUCCUAUUUAAAAAUGCGUAUAUAUGUAUGCACACUUAUGUGUAUAUGUUUAAAUUAAAAUUCAUCUAUUUAUUAUAAAUAUACUUUUGUUGCUAUAAUUCCAUUUAUAUGUGUGCGUGUAUUAUGUGUGUACAUAAUAAUUUAGUGUAUUUACAUUAAAUAUACUCACCAAUUUAUUAAAAAAUUCAUUCAUUAAAUUGAUGAAUAUGUGUAUCUCUGUUUGACAAAAAUUGUAUUUGAUUCUUAUUACUUAAAUUUUAUUGUAAUGAUCACAAUUCCUUUUACAACUUGCAAACGUAUUAUUAUUAAUCUUUUUAUAUUUAUAUCUUACUCUUACAUUUAUUAACAUUAAUGAUAAUAAUAAUUAUAAUAAUUUGGCAUAUUAUAAUAUUCAAAACGAAUGAUAUAAAAAAUAAUUUUAUCCAGUAUUAAUGAAUACUCUAAUAUUUUUAUUAAUUUUAAAAACCUUAAACAAUUAACUUGUAACAAUAAAAAAAAAUCUAGAUACAUUAUAAUAAUAUUUGACUGAAGUUAAAAAAUAAAAAUGUACACUUAGUUGUAGAUAAACAGCACAAAAUUAGUUUGUAUUUCAUUUUUCAUAAUAGGUUAAAUUUAUAACUGAUUAUAAGAUAAUUUAUUUUCAUAGUAAUUGCAUAAGUUUUUAGAUUUUCCAUAAUUCAUCAACUAUGUGUUAUUAACCAUUAAAUCAUUUUAUUUUUCUUAAUCUUAAUCGACACUAUUUUUGUGAAUGAAUUAGUACGAACAAAAAAGAAGCAAUAUUUUUACUCUCUGUACUUCUUAAUAUUAUCAAUUAUUAUUUUAAUGUUUAACUGAAGAUCAAAUUUUACUUUUCUGAAGAAUUCUAGUCAAUGUGUCAGUAAUAUAUUAGCUUUUGUUAGUAAAUCAAAAUUUUUGUCGCACAUUUAGUUUUCCCGUGUUUCUUACUUCGUUCAAAUAAAUAGAUGAAAAUAUUUUCUAAAAGAUUUUUUUGAAUCUUAAGUAUUUUUUGACUAUAGAUAUUACUCGACUAAUUCAUUCUAGUUUAAUAAUUAUUGAUCUCAUUGCACAUGCCGUGAGGAUUUCGUAAAAAAUUUAAUUACAAUUUUUAAACUGUCCAAAUAAGUUCGCAUAUAAUUAAUAUGUGACUAUAGUAUAUAGUAUGAAAAAGUAUUUGUGAAAUAUACUAAAAUGUUAAAUACUAUUAGGUGUAACAUACACCUAAGUAUUACUAACAUAGUAAUACUUAUCAUGGAUGCGUGUGUCGAUAUGGGCAUCAACUGGUCAUUGACGAUAAAAUUGGAAAAUGAAAUGAUAGUUUUAUUACAUAAUGCUUAUUCGUAGAACUUAAAAUUUCUUUUUGACUUAUGGUGACGGGAUUUUUCACUUUUAUCGUAACUUUCUUAUAUUACGAUAUUAUUUUUUAAAUAUUCACACUUCAACGCUUUGCACUAUCAAUUAUUCAAUGCUAGAAAUGGGCAGCUUUUCUUAUUCUCGUGUAUAACACUUAUACUUUUUAAACUUCUUUCGCUUAACUUAGUAGUUAAAUAUUUGUAGGAAAAAUAUUAUUUUACAUCAUAUAAUGUAGUUAUUAUUAAUGUUUGUUUAUUAUGUAGAAAAGUAAAUAAAACGUUACCGAAACUAUGGGUUUUUUCUGUUGAUGUUAUAAUACUACACAAUAUUUUGCGUUGAUUAAAUAAAUGCGGAAACGUUUUUGGAUUUAGUUUAGGACUUAUUGUCUAUUACCAACCUGUAUAACGAGAAAACAAUCAAAAGUUACUCAAGUAAAAAUUAUAGCUUAUAUUAUAUAUAAGCUUAUAUUUACUCUUAAUGCGAUUUUUAUAGGAGAACUAUAAUUCCUUUAUUUAUUUGUACACUAGAAUUUUUGCCGAAAUCUUUUUCAUAAUCAUUAAUUGUCACUUUAUUGACCCAUUUUCAUAUUCGAUUUGAUCAACAAUUUAUAUACAAAUCUAUUUGUUUAAAAAUCUUCAGUUUCUAAAUAGAUAUUAAUUAUUCUAGUCUUGACUUUUCGCGAGUUUAACAACAAUAUAUAUAUAUAUAUAUAUUAUAAUAAUAUUUAGUAGAUAAUUUAUAGGUGCUGCAAAUUUAGAAUCAUUGUAUAUUGAUAGUAACUUGGUUUAUGUGUCUAUUCCACGAGUGCACUACAUAAAUCGAUUGUAAAACAAAAUAGUUUUUCUUUUCACUUAAAUUAAGUAUAAAUAAAAAAAAAUCUGGGUCUUUCCAAAUUAAAUAAGAUUCUAAACAGGGUUUUAAAUAUUUUUUACUUAAGUAUGUAAGAGAUUAAUAACCUUCUUUUUCUAACAAUGUAAUAAUACGAUUUAAUUAUAAUAUAAUAAUAAUAAUUGAUAAAGAUUUUUCAACCGUUAAACAGCGACACGCUGUAUACAAUAUGAUUAAAGCGGCGGGGCAUUGGUCUUCGAAGUUACCAGGGGGGAUAACUAUCUUAAAUAUUAACUAUAUUUAAAUUAAUAAAAUGUAAUAUACAGUGUCCAACUUAAAUAUUUCUAUAUGUAUAAUAGUGAUAAUUAAUUCUAAUGGCGAAUCUUAAAUUUAAAAUCUUUUUGAUUAAUCGCUAAUACUUAUUAAUUAUAAGUGUAUAAUUAAAUACCUUGGAGCUAACUACAAUCUAUUGGCAUUUUAUUUUGUUAUAAUAUUUUGUCGAGUGUGCAUUAAUUUCUCUUGUGUUGACAACAAAUAUGAGCAUGUAUGAUAAAUUCAUUCCGAUUACCCUCUUCAUAACUGACACAAUAAUAAUUGUUGGAAGUAUAGACUUUUUUUUGAAAUGUUCCAUACAAAUACAUUUGAAUUUGUAAUCAUUGUUUGGCGUGUAUGAUUCUAUUUUUAUCAAUUUUUUUAUUAUUGUCGUUAGUAAACUUUCACAUUUGUAUAUUCUUGAUGAAUACAAAGAGUAUACAAAACUACCAAAUCGUUUUUACACUAUACAUUCACUAUUUUGAUGUGCCAUAUUGAUGUUUUGAUAUUAUUUAAUAGUACUUUUAACACAUAUUCGACUUCUGUUUGGAACUUUUCCAUUGGUUCGUUUGUGUUGUGAUUGUAUUUCAGACAUUUCUUAAAAAUUUUGGCGUCUAUGGUGUUAUAAUCUAGUUUUGUUGAAUGAAUAUAAAUGUACUUUUAAAUGGCGUAUUUUUAAAUCAAACAUAUUCAAAUCAUACUUAAUUUGAAUAGUGAAUGUUAAAUAAUAUACAUGAAAUUAAAUUGAAACUAACUUCCCUGGUGAGAAAAACAAAAUUACACCGUUGUAUUAUUAUUGGCGUUCCCGUAAUAUAUUUUAUAAGUAAGUAUAACAUUGAAACAAAAACAAAUAUAUCGAACAAUACAUAAAUUAUUAUUUUAAUCGUAUGUAAUUAAAGAAAAAAAUAAGCAUUUUAUAGAUGGUUGUAAACGAUCUCAUUUUACCUACUUUUAAACAAAAGAACUGGUAUUCCAUACUUUGGACAGUUUUUGUACUUAUAAUUUUUGCUAUACUUACAAAUGAUUUAAGUCUUGAUUAAAUUUGUUCGCAGUCGGUAUUUAAUUAAUGUACUACUUUUAUGGUACUGAAUCAAAAUGAUUAUUUAAAAAUAUUUUGAGAAGAUUGAUCGAAUCCCUUAAUCAUACACAUUGUACUUUUAUGAUUUAUGAGAACUUAUAACUAUUCUUUUUAUGCUUUCUUAAUUGGUUAAUACAUUAUGUCAAAGAUACAAUCGCGUAUGGGGAUUUUCAAACGCAAUAUAUAAGAUGAACUCCUUUGUCUUCCACUAUAAUUCCAUUUCCAGUAGAUACACUACAUAAUUUUUAUACAAUUGGCUUUUCUUUAUUUAUUUAUUUUUGUGGUUUGAUUGAUUAUAUUUUGUGCGUGCAUAAUGUCAUAGAGACAAUUUUGUAUAACCCAUUAAAUUUUUUUUUUAAUAACUUCAACGUUGGUGUAGAUAAUAUUUAUUUUGUUUAGUUUUACAAUAAAAUAAUAGCAUUGGACAUAGAUUAGUAUUAUUAAAAAUGAAUUAGCUUUGGUUUCAAUUUAUGUGUGUUUAAAUAAUAAUAUUAUUGUUACAAUUAUUAUUAUAAUUAUUAUUAUUAUUAUUAUUAUUACUCUAAUUAAUUAUUAUUAUUAUUAUUAUUCGUAUUCUUCUUAUUAUUAUAGUAAUACGUGGUUAUAAUAAUUUAAUUGCUUUUUAUUCGGAAUUAAAAUAAUGUUAUCACUAUUUUUUUCGGUUUACAUUAAAAGAAAAGAAAAUCGUUUUAUAUCUUUGUGUGUGAUUGUUUUUUUUAAUAUAAUUUUUUCUUGUAGAUACGCGUUUCAAAAAAGUAAUGUACCUAAUUCGUGUGUGUAUUAAGUUCAAUUGAUAGACUUAUUAUUGUAUUAUCAUUAUUGAUAACAAAUUGGGUAUUCAUUAAAUCUUUUUUGAAACGCUUUUGAAAAAAUAUAGAAAAUUAAUAUUUUUUUAUUAAUUACAUUUUAUGUUUGAUUUUUUUUCUAUACAUUUUUUCUCUUUGAUUAAGUAGCACCUUGAGUAUAAAAUAUGUAAUUUUUUUUUCAUUACUUUUUAACAUCUGUUCAUAUAUUAUUAUUAUGCUAUAAUUAAUAUUCUGUUGUUUUAUCGAUUUGUCCAUUUGAGUUGAAUAGAUUAAGUUGAAUUUUUAUAAUAAUUUUCCGUACCUAUUAUAUAUAUUUACAUAAUUUACCAAUGCACAAAAUGAGUGCUCAAGUGAUUAUUAAGAAAUAUAAAAUAAAUUGUUAAUUGUGUUGAAUUAUCCAGUGUCAACGAAUCGUUUGAAUAUUAUAUAUGAAAACAAAAUAAUAAUAAAUAUGUAUUCGUUGUAUUUUUAAUCUGAUUAUUUAUUUAUUAUAGGAAGUAUAAACUAAAUACUUAGGUAAUAUAAAUUUUGACAUAACCUGGGGUAAAAGUGCCCACUUUUUUUUGUUGCUUAUAGCUUGCAGUAUAUGGUAGUCAUUAACAUUUUAUUUUUAUUUUAUCUAGAAAAACUAUCAAAAAAUAAAAUUUAAGUGAAAUUUGUGAGAUUUGAACUUUAUUUAAUGAACUGAAAUAAAAUUUAAAAUAAAAGCUUGACUCUUGCUCCAUCAAUGAGAAAAGAGUCCAGUUUGUAUUAAGUAAGUUUUAAUGUGCUGAUUAAUAAAUAAAUAAUUGUUUAACAGUUUUUUUUUAUUAAAAUAACGAAAUAAUGUUUAUUAUUAAAGUAAUGACUAUGUUUAUUUAAUUUAGUAAACUUGUAGUUCAAUAUCAUAAUAUUUAAAUAUAAUGGAUGAAAAAAGAGCCAAUUAGUCAUUUAGGAAUACAUAUUUUUCUUAAAAAAUAAGAAAAUUACUUCAACAUUUUUGAAAAAAAUGUGUUAGUUGAAUUAUUCAAAUUUAACAUAAUAAUGAACAAAUAUAAUUUAUUUAAAAUAAAUAUAAAAUGUAUUCUUUCAGAACAAUUUAGGUAUUCUACACUAAAUUAAAAUAUUUUAUUUUAAUCCCAUGCCAUAAAUUAUGUUCGAAAAUAAAAUUAUGUCAUUAUAUUCAAUAUUGAUUAAACAUUAUAUUUCCAUAAUAAUAAAAUUAAAAUCUUACAAAUUUGUUUUAUGAACACAAAGUAGUAAUCUUAAAGAGUGAAGUAUAAUAUACAAGUAUAAAAAGUUUUAUAAUCUUUAUACUUUAUUCAUUAUUAUCUCGAUGAUUUUGGUAACGACUAAAAAACUUGUAAUAAUGGUCAAAGAUU